CCCGAAGUUGGAGCGACGCGGCGCCGGGGAGCGCACGGGAGCCUGGCAGGCGGCAGCUCCGGACAGCAGAGGCAGAACCGACGCACGGGCAGGGCCAGCCAGCCGGGACUGAACCCCAGGGGCGUGGAAGCCGGCUAUCCCCCUGAGUCCCUUCACUUGGCUCCUCUACUCCAGCCUGACCAAUGUCCACAAGGGAGCAGCCCCUCUUCAGCACUCGGGCCCAUGUCUUCCAAAUCGACCCAGCAACGAAACGGAAUUGGAUCCCUGCGGGCAAACAUGCCCUCACCGUCUCCUACUUCUAUGAUGCCACCCGGAAUGUAUACCGAAUUAUCAGCGUGGGCGGGACCAAGGCUAUCAUUAACAGCACCGUCACCCCCAACAUGACCUUUACCAAGACUUCACAAAAGUUCGGCCAGUGGGCAGACAGUCGGGCCAACACCGUCUAUGGGCUGGGCUUUGCUUCUGAGCAGCAUCUGUCCCAGUUUGCAGAGAAGUUCCAGGAGGUGAAGGAGGCAGCCCGGCUGGCCCGGGAGAAGUCUCAGGAUGGUGGGGAGCUCACCACCCCAGCCCUCGGCCUCUCCUCCCACCAGGUGCCCCCAAGCCCGUUGAUCGGCACCAAUGGCCCUGGGGAUGAGAAGCUGUUCCGAAGUCAGAGUGCCGACGGCCCCGGCCCCACUGAGCGGGAGCGGCUCAAAAAGAUGCUGUCGGAGGGCUCUGUGGGCGAGGUGCAGUGGGAAGCAGAGUUCUUCACCCUUCAGGACAAUAACAACAAGCUGGUGGCUGCCCUCCGUGAGGCCAAUACCAACGUGGAACGGUGGAAGGAGCAGCUGGAGGCUUAUCAGGAGGAGACUGAGCGGCUUAGGCUUCGGGUGGCUGAGCUUGAGGCCCAGGGACCCUCGGAGACACCCGGGGAGAGCGGGAAGGAUGGGCUGAGCCAGAGGCUGGAGGAGUUGGAGGUGCUAAUUAAGACCAAGGAUGAGGAGAUCCAGAUGUUGAAGAGCCAAAAGGGCAGUCAUCGGGAAGCAGAGACUGAACGGGACCGGGAGGAGGCCCUCCAGAAACUUAAGGAGCUGGAGAGCCGGUACACCGAGAUGGAGCGGCAGCUCCAGGGCGCCCAGCGCAGCCUGGAGGAAGCCCGGGGGGAACGGGAGCGAGCCCGGGCCGAGGUGCUCCGGGCCACCGAGCUCCUGGACGUCAAGAUCUGCGAGCUGAGCGAGCUGCGCCAGGGCCUGGCCCGGCUGGCUGAUGGCGCCCCGUGACCGGCUGUGGGAUGGGGCAGCUGGGCCAAGGGUGGGGGAGCCUGGAUGCUUUCCUCAGCCUCCAGACCUGGCCAAGAUGGGCUCUGUGGUGGGUAAUGGGGCAUGGCUUUUGUAGGGGGGUGGGAUAUUUGCAUUUCUUUUUCCAGUAGUUUUAUAUUUAAAGCAGUCCUUCCCUCAGCCCUUGCAGCUUCUGGCAGGGACACUGGGCUCAGAGCUCCAAGCCCGUCCAGCCAGGCUUGACCGCCUUUAGGCAUCUGAGUCACAGGAGGAGGGAGACCAGAGACAAGAGACAGCAGCUCGGCUCUGACUCAGACCCUCAGGCUGGGGCAUGUCCAGAUGGGCUGGGAUUGGGGGUGUGGGGGCGGCAACCCUGCUAGGACUGGAGAACUCCUCCGAGCUUUGGCCCCUCCCAGGAAGGGAGGAAGGGCAGGAACCUAGUUCACUCAACAUCUUCAUCCAGCCCUGAAUGCCCUAGAAAUGGUCAUUCCCCUAAAGCUGGCAUGAAGGGGACGCCCCAGGCUGGGAUAGUAAAUGCCCGCAAGGAGGGGCAAGCCCCUAAUUCCAGCUGCUCUCCCCAUUAGUUAAGGUGGUCUGAGUGGAGGGACCCGGGCAGGACUAUUGCUGGGAGGGGCAGCUGGCUUCCUCUUCUAGAACACAUGGAAGGGGCAGGGGUGGGGGGAGGUGCCAGGGAGGACAGUUGUGGCGGGGGAGGGUUCGUUUGUGAGAUUUCAAAUUUGUAGGUUUUUUAGUAUCUGGGCAAUGUCUGUCCAAGGAAAUUAAAUUUCUAAACUUA